ACGAGAAAACGCGUGGUCAUAGCAAUGAAUAAACAAGAUGGCGGUCUGGUGAAAGUUCUACCUAAACUUAAGCCACAGACGGGUGGGGUAAUCAUUAGUUCGACGCUAAGCAGAAAUGACAGUUAUCUGAAAGUCAAAAACCACUACGAUGGCCACUGGCAAAACUCGUCAGAUCUCAGUAACCCGUGCCAAGAAACUUCCGCCAAUCCGUGAAGAGACAUUCUCUAGCAGAGGAGGAAGUGCCCGAAUAUCCGUCAGACCGGAAGCCAAAUACGACUUGAUCAGAACGUCCAAAGAUCCUUCCAAAGUGCGACCAACAGUUCAUGCGCGCCCUCUGCCGGCGGAGAGAGCAAGAUCUCCUAAAUACGAGUCCCCUCACACCCAGACACCGGCGCGCCGCAGUUUGUACGCGGCGCCUUUGACACCUGUAGAUACAACAAACACUCUAGUGGACGGUCUAGUGGCGGACUACCUUCACUACGCCAAAUACGGCCAUAUCAUACCGCUCUAUGAAGGAUCUAGUAACCUCACAUGUUCUUGUUGUACAGAGAGAAACCGCGAAAAUGUACGAACAUUACUCGGAUUUCCUUCCGCCGAAAAAAGUAAACCCGGACAUCGCCCCACAAAUGACACUAGAUACAGCGGGUCAUUGUACAAUGACCCAAACAAUGGCAACCCUGUUGCGAGUUACAGUGGCUCCCUCUCGGACCGGCCUGUUGGCAAUGAACGUCAGCGGAUAAUGGACCGUUCGUGGUUGAACUACCAACCUCUUCCUUACGCCUCAAAUUAUCUGAACCCGGAGUUUAACCGUCCUGCUGUUGUUUAUAACUACAACGUGAAUCGGAGAAGUGACCAUGAGGAACAGGUCAAGGUUGAUGUUGUGUCAGCCAACAAACAAUACGAACUCUCCAUGGCAAAACUGGAGAAAUUCGGCUUUUAACGUACGUCUGCAAUACCUUUCAUCACCUACGGGUAGAAAAAAUGUCCCUCAAAUUCCUCAUUAUUUUGCCAUAAAUCUUUGUGAAACGUGUAAAAUCCAAGCUUUGAUGCCAACAAAGUACUUAAGAAGAGAAUAGGGGGUGAUGCUUGGCUCUCGUUAAUUUCUAAUCAUUAGCUAACGACAGUUAACAACAGACAACUGAGAAUAAUUCUUCUUUAUCAAGCUGUUAUAUUAGUAGUCUAAUUCAAGCUUCCAUAUAUAUCUGCUGAUUUCUCAAUAUUGACACUAUAGACAGACACCGGAAGAAUUGUGAUCAUUGUAUCAUUAUGCAUAAUGAUAUAUCUGCCGAUUUCUCAAUACUGACACUAUAGACAUCGGAAGAAUUGUGAUCAUUGUAUCAUUAUGCAUAAUACUAGUUAGAUGCACGUACAUUUAUUUAUUCGUGUCUUUGGAAUACGAAAUUGAAACAGUUGAGCAUCAGUGCAGUAAUGAAAAUGUGACUGUUGGGCGUCAAUGUAGUAAUGAGAAUGUGAAUAUUGGGUGGCAAUGUAGUAAUGAGAAUAUGAUUGUUGAGCGUCAAUGUAGUUGUGAGAAUGUGAAUGAUGAGUGGCAAUAUACAUGUAGUAAUGAGAAUGUUGAGCGGCAAUAUAGUAAUGAGAAUGUGAAUGUUGAGUGCCAAUGUUGUUGUGAGAAUGUAAAUGUUGGGCGUCAAUGUAGUAGUGAGAAUAUGAAUUUUGAACAUCAAUGUAGAAGUCUGCUAUUUGUAGGCAUAUGAAUAUAUUCUAUAUAAUAAAACUGAAAUCUUGACCCCCGCCCAUCGUGGAAGAGAUUGGGGCUUAAUCAGUUUCGAAGCAGAGAUGAGCACAUCACUCUCGCAGGCGCUUCCUUUUUUAACCAGCAUCUUGUCAGACAGGCGCUUCCAGUUUUAACCAGCAUCUUGUCACGCAGGCGCUUCCAGUUUUAACCUGCAUUUUGUCACACAGCUGCUUGCAGUUGUUACACACAGGCGCUUCCAUUUUUAACCUGCACCUUGUUACAAUUUUCACGACUGCUUUGUUCUCGUUUUGUGGUUAAAGAUCGGCAAAUUUAAAAUAAUAAUAAUAACAUAACAAUCGAGCCCCCCCCCCCCCCCCCCUACUUCUAAUUUCAUAUGCAUGUACGUUGGUUCUUAUUAUAUGUCUGCUUAAACUAUACAGGUGCAUGACAUAACAAAAAAAUCACUUAACCCACGAUACUAGAUACCAUCAAUGUCCAUCACGAAAUAAAAUCCAAAAUGGCCGCCCCUUUCUCAAAUUAAAAUUGUUUCUUCAUAUUUAUAAAACACUUUCGUAAUGGAAACAGAUUUUGCCUGAUGUGAAGCGACAUUUUGGAAAGUACUAUUGUAACCCAGAAGAUAGACAAUAUUUGCCCCCUAAUUUUAGUUUAUUUUGAAACGACUACUCGCAUGUUAUUCAUAGCCAGACACAAUUCUCAGACACGGAGUACGACCUUUAAAGUCACGUGUGCUUCUGACGAGAUUACACUGUCAUGGUCGAUGUAGAAAUUUUGUGUUUUUGUUUGUCUGUUUUCCAUCGAUAAAUAAAAGAUAAUUAUUA